CGCUCACGGUGGAGGAGAGAAUCUGACACUAGAGUGAAGCUGCGCGCAGAUAAGGGGCGAAGUCUCUCAGCAAAAUCCGUCUCCAUCCUUAUGUUUUGGUCUACAAUGACCCCCCAGAUACGGAGAGCAUAAACUACGCGUUUCACACUACCGGAUGAUAUCGAUAUUAUAGCUCUUCGUUCCUCAGAAAGAUAAAAAAGGGAUGGUGAAAUUUGGAUUGUUACCGAAGGAACUGGGAUACUGGGGGGGAAGGGGAUUGUGAAUUAAGGGGGGUAUAAACCGGUCAGAGAAGGUGGAGUAUUUGCCGAGGUAACGUAAACAAAAGGUUAAUAGCUGAACAUUGAGGAUAAGGCAACGGUAGUUACCAGGUUACAAACGAAGCAACAGACGUAAGGUUAGCUAACAGCGAAAUGGAGCUAAGAGUGGGGAACCGAUACAGACUGGGCAGAAAAAUCGGAAGUGGAUCUUUCGGGGACAUCUAUUUAGGCACAGAUAUUUCAGUGGGUGAGGAGGUUGCAAUUAAGCUGGAAUGUGUGAAGACCAAACACCCCCAGCUCCACAUCGAGAGCAAGAUCUACAAGAUGAUGCAAGGAGGAGUGGGCAUUCCAACAAUAAAGUGGUGUGGAGCAGAAGGUGACUACAAUGUGAUGGUGAUGGAGCUGCUGGGGCCCAGCCUGGAGGAUCUCUUCAACUUCUGCUCUCGCAAGUUCAGCCUCAAGACGGUCCUGUUGCUGGCCGACCAAAUGAUCAGUCGCAUUGAGUACAUUCACUCCAAGAACUUCAUCCACAGAGAUGUGAAGCCUGAUAACUUCCUGAUGGGACUCGGCAAAAAGGGCAACCUAGUCUACAUCAUUGACUUUGGCCUGGCAAAAAAGUAUCGUGAUGCUCGCACACACCAGCACAUCCCCUACCGCGAGAACAAGAACCUGACUGGCACUGCACGCUACGCCUCCAUCAACACACAUCUCGGGAUUGAGCAGUCAAGGCGUGAUGACCUGGAGUCCUUGGGCUAUGUUCUCAUGUACUUUAAUCUGGGCUCGCUGCCUUGGCAAGGCCUCAAGGCCGCUACCAAGAGGCAGAAGUAUGAACGCAUCAGUGAGAAGAAAAUGUCCACCCCCAUUGAGGUGCUUUGCAAGGGCUAUCCCUCUGAGUUUGCGACCUACCUGAAUUUCUGUCGCUCCCUGCGCUUCGAUGACAAGCCGGACUAUUCGUACCUACGGCAGCUCUUCAGGAACCUGUUUCACAGACAGGGCUUCUCUUAUGACUAUGUGUUUGACUGGAACAUGCUUAAGUUUGGAGCCAACCGUGCAGCAGAGGAAGCAGAGAGAGAGCGCCGUGACCGGGAGGACAGGCUGAGGCACGGCAGGAACCCAGGGGCCAGAGGAAUACCUGCCGUAUCAGGAAGACCAAGAGGAACCCAGGAUGGUGCCCCACCUACCCCGCUAACACCCACCUCACACACAGCAAACACGUCUCCUCGACAAGUGUCUGGUAUGGAGCGUGAACGAAAGGUCAGCAUGCGACUGCACCGCGGCGCUCCCGUCAACGUGUCAUCCUCAGACCUAACGGGACGGCAGGACACCUCCCGCAUGUCCACCUCACAGAAUAGCAUUCCCUACGAGCAUCACGCCAAGUAGACGCUCGCCACGUCCUUGUGUGACGGCGGCAACACUGGAUGGUGUCCGGUGCGCUGCCUGCUGGUCUCCAUCUUCUAGCUCCUCGAUGAGCCCCCCCCACAAUGCAACCUGGCAGACCAAGCCCUGUUCACUCAGAAGCAAUCUGACAUACUAAUACUACCACCACCACCACCACUAUUAAUUACUUCUACUACAGUUACCAUUGGAAGCCAGCUUCUGACUCAGCACAAACUGCUUUGACUGACAGCUCUCAGUACCGUUGCCUCCUUCAGAAUCUCCCAAGCCCCCCUCCGUCUCCCCCAUUCUCCUCCCCUUUCUGUGUGUUGGUCUGACCUUGGAAAACAUUAAAGCAUGUUGGACCUCAGGACUGGUCUGUCCACUUUUUCAGGAGACAUUUGCACAAUCCUCUGCACUGCCCCCACCUCCACCUCUACCACCAGAUUCUGAAUGGGCAGUGGUUUGUCCAGGGAAAACAUGGUAACCCCGCGUCUUUUCUAGGACACAGACUGAUGAUACAACAGUUAGCGCCACUGGCUUCUCCUCCUUCUGUGGGAGAGUAAUUCUUCUUCUUCUUCUUCUUCUUCUUCUUCUUCUUUUUUUUUUUUUUGAAACCCUACAUUUCCAUUGUCAAUGAUUGCUAGUUCAUACCUGAUCAGAAACAGCUCUUCUCUCUUUUUUGCAGUACGGUGUAUCAAGCUGAACCAGCAGCUCUUCAUUUUAUAUAUGUAUGGGUAGUUUUCGGCGUGUGAUGCUUUUCAUUGGUAUUUGCAGUUUUCAUUCUCUCCCUCCUACCAACCACUUUCCCCCGUUUUUAAUAAUUCCCACCACUGACGGCUCUCUUCAGUAACUCUAUAGCCAUUUGUAUUAAAUAAAAAGAAACUACUUCUUUGCAUGUUUAGAGGUAAAGCCUUCAGAGUCAGAUGUGGAGGCUUGAGUGCUAGUUGAUCCCAUGAACAUACCAAAAAUAUGCUUUGGUAUAUUGGUUGCAGGAGGUUGUGUAUUCACCCAUUAGUUGGCAAGAUGUUGUCUGUUCACCUCCCAGGCUCUGGUGUACUGUCCAGUAAAGCCCUGCUCCCUUUUCUAGUGCUCUAUACAUAACUGUAGGGGGCGAGGGCGUCAUCUGACGUAUUACACUAGAUCUCCACUCACUGUGUACAGAUAAACAUUCUCAUUUUUCUUAUUUGUAUUAUUUUGAAGCUGUGAAGUACUUGUAAUACUGGCGUGUAAAUGAUUUCUCAUGUCUUUGUUUUCACUGACCUGUGAGGACGGCUCUGAACACAGCCACUGCUCUGGCUGUGAGAGGCUCAGUGAUCCUGCACCAGUGUUGCAAACUGCGGCAUUUCCAUGGGCAUUGUGAAUCCCCUUAAACAAACAAUUACUGAAAUUAUUCUCCAUGGAGAACGUGGAGAGGAGAGCUGACCUUCAUCCUCCCACAGGCUUCUCCAGCAGCAGCGGCAGCGUCCUGGGGGGUUUUUAUAUUCGGCUCGACUCGUGUGACGCUCCUCGGCUGUGACGAACACCCUCUGUCACAUCUGUCAGAUCGGCCCGUCGUAAUUCAUCCUCGCUGCUGCUCAGUCUGUAGUUUUUGAUUUCUGAUCCUCGAUCCCUUCGGUCAGCCACUAUACACCUGUUGAAUUAUGUAAGCGACCAGAUCAGCAAGAUUUACUUUUCUCAUUUAUAUUUGUUUGUGUACUUACACUGUAAAUAAAUGAAUUACUUGUA